UCAGCCCUCAGGUAGUCCUCCGUGAUUCCGCAUAUUUCGAUUUAUUCUUCAUUGUUUGAUUGUUAUUGUUGUAAUUAUUAAUUGGUGUGUCUUUCGUUCGCCGAGUGUUCUGAUUAUUUAGAAAAUAGAAAUUUUACAAAUAUUGAAAUAUGUAUUAGGCACCAAUUGACCAAUCAUAUUCAUGUACACAUUUUUGAAACAGUUAGAGAUAUCAUCUGCCCAUCGCCCAUCUCGAUUCUCGCGUUUCGGUAAUUCGGUAAACAUUUAGAUUAAGAUUUAUAUUUCCCUUCUAAGUUAUUUUCAUUAAUUUUGAAGACCAUCACUUGCCUGUUCGCAUUUUAGUUUAAUUGUUUAUUGAAUAUGAUUUUAUCGUCAAUAAUGAUUCAUUAACUACGUUGUCUGUAUUAUACUGUUUCCAAACCACCGGAUAUACCAAUAAUAAACAAAAGAAUACUGUUUUUUCUCCUUCAAAAACAAUGGACCAAUUAUCAUUAGUCAUGAAAUAUGAUGAACAUUUCAGACAUGUGUUGGCUUUAUUGGACACUACUGUGGAAAGAGAUUAUAAAGCCAAAAUCAUGUCAUUGAAUAUACUCAGUGUACAAUUUAAAGAUCAUGGAAGUGACAAAGAAAUAAUGAAGAAAAAACUUCAAGAAAUGCGUAUGGAAUGCGAACGACUUAUGCAUAAUCUUAAAAGUUCCAAUCGAUUAUUAGAUGAAGCAAAUAAAGAAAAGAGGCAUGCUGAAGUUGAACGAGACAAUAUGGCUCAGAAACUUGAAAAUUUCUAUAGACUAUUUAAUAGCGCUAAUAAUUCGAACAUAAAUCGAUCUGGUUCCCCAGUGUUUCAAUGUGAAGCAGAAAGAUUUGAUCAAAUACCACGUCAAGAUACAACAGAAUCCGUAUUAUCAGACAUAAGUUAUUCAAGGGUUGAAGACAGUUUAGAUUCCGACAAGAAUUUUGAGGAUGCUAUGGAUCGCUGGGAACCUGAAGUAGUUGGUACUGUUAAAAGAAAACGAACAUCAGGUCUUUCAAAUCCCAAUGGAAUGAGGAAGGAAAUUGAGACUACUACAACUACCUCGUCAACUCAAAUAGUUGCAACCACUACUGUUACAAUGCAGCCAUUCACAAGAAACAUCAGUGCAAAAUCUGUUAUUGAAACCAAACCAUCUAACCUUUUUCCAACACCCAGUGCACCGCCUAUAUCUGACUCUUUGGAUUCAUUUGACUCUGAUCCAUAUGGUAAUGAAAAUAAUCAAAAUAUACCCAACACAAUACAUUCAAGUUCAGCAUUAAAUAAAUUGAACAAUAGAGCUCACAAUUUUACUCAAAAAAGUGUUAUCAUUCCAGAAAUAUGUGGCCCAUGCGGGAAAAAAGUUAAAUUCAAUCGUGUCGUGGUGAAAUGCUUAGACUGCAAAGCAACAGCACAUUUGGAACACAAAGAUAAAAUUCCUUUACCGUGUAUCCCUGUAAAAAGUACACCCAGCAAAAAUGGCGGGCGAAUAGCUGAUUAUUCACCAAUGGUUAAUGGCCGCCCGAUGAUACCUGCAUUAGUCAUUCACUGUGUGAACGAAAUUGAACAAAGAGGAUUUGAUACUGUUGGACUGUACCGAAUACCUGGCUCAGAAAAAGACGUAAAAGCACUGAAGGAAAAAUUCCGUAAAGGAGUACCUAAUUUGUCCGAUGUUGACAUACAUGUUGUGUGUGGUUGCUUUAAAGAUUUCUUGAGGACUCUUGAUGAUCCACUAAUUCCCCACUACGAUUGGAAAACUUUUACCGAUGCUGUCAGAAAUUCAAAAGAUGAAACUGAACACAGACUAUAUCAAGCCAUAUCAUUAUUGCCACCCCCCAAUCGGAACACUCUCGCAUACAUAAUGUUGCAUUUACAAAAAGUUGCUGCAACACCUGACUGCAAAAUGCCUGUUGGAAAUUUAGCUCGAGUGUUUGGUCCAACAAUUGUUGGUUAUUCAAGCGAAGUUUCUGAAAAUUUAUAUUUUGAUUGUGAAUUGAGUAAUAAGGUUGUUGAAGAAAUGCUGAAACUAUCACCUGACUAUUGGUCAAAUUUUUUGAACAAUUUAGUGCCUCUGCGUGCACAAAAUACACCAGUGAAACGCACUUCCUCCCGUCCAUUACAACCCGCCCAUACUCCAAUUACAAAAAACAACAGAAUUUUUGGUUCCAGCACAAAAAGACGAUAUUUGGAAUCUCCGCGAUCAGUCAAGGCUGCUAGAAUCAAACAACUUGAAUCCAGAAAAAAAUAAUUCUAUAGUAAUAAUUAAUAAUUAUUUUUUUUUUGAUUUUCUGCUUCUGUUGAAUCAAAAUACAAAUACUAAUUUAAGUUAUCGUAUUACUUAUGUUUACUAAUAGAUUUAUUUAUCAUUUUUCAAACAAAAUUAAUAAAGCUGAUGAAUGUUUAUCAGGUUUUUUUUGUCGCAUAUUUGAGAAUUUUUUCAAAAUGUACUCACAAACAAACACAUUUUUACAUUACUGUUGUAUAAUUUUCAA